AUGGGGCUGCUGGUGCUGGCUCUGGCCGCCUGGCUGGGGCUGGCAUCGGCCUCUGAGGAGGUGGGCAACCGCAGCCGGGUCUGCCUUGGGGGCCUGCGGGAGCGGCAGGGAGCGGUCGAUGUUCGCUACAUGAUCGUCAACGAGAAGGCGCCGCUGUCCCGCGCCAUGCUCGCCGAGCUGGAGCGCCAUGCCCCGCCGGGUGUCCCUGUCUACCAGCCCGAGACGGAGGACCCUGAUGUCUGGCAGGUCCUGGGGGGUGACAAGGAUGACUUCCUUAUCUAUGACCGGUGUGGCCACUUGGCUUUCCACAUCCAGCUGCCCUUCAGCUUCCUCCACUUCCCCUACGUGGAGUCAGCCAUCCGCUUCACCCACAGCAAGGACUUCUGUGGCAACUGCUCCCUCUACGCCAACACUACCCAGGAGGCUAACAGUACCAUGGAGGUCCCUGUAACCCUGAGCCUGCUUCCCGAGCCCGAGGGAAAGGAGUCAGAGACCCCCAUCCACCCACAACCCCCUAACCACGAGGUCAGCCAUGAAAGAGCCACAGACCCACGUGGGGACCACAAACCUGCCACCCAUGCUCACCACCACCAUGGAGACCAUGACCAGCUCCAUUACGAGGGGAAGAAGCAGAGGGAGGAGAAUGAGCACUAA